AUGGGAAACCGUAGAACAAAAAGAGUAUUAUGUAUGGGGAACAAUGCGUAUCCUAAAAUACCUCCGUGUGAGUUCUCUAGACGUUACCCCACAGACUUCCGUCACUGCGGUUCUGAGAUAUAUUCUCGUGGAUUAAAUUACAGCAUGCAUCGAAACGAGCAAGAUGAUGGUAUGAAGCCUGAAUUUAACCGAGACGGGUCGGACCAACGGAUGCGAAUAUCAAAACUUUCCGGCGACUUCGUGGAAACUUCCAAGUCGCAGGAGCGCGGCGUGGCUGUUGAAAAAUGA